GAUCGAGCCAAUUUCUGAUUGGUUAGGGGAAUUAAUCACUGAAUGAAAUAGUGUCAUGUGUUAGUGGUAUAAAUAGUCCAACAAAAUAUUCUAUACUAGAUAAGCUGGUUAGCCUCUAUUUAGUCUAUAUUGUGGUAAAAUGGUGUCGCAUAGGUCAAAAUUAAACCUCACCUUACUCCUCAGUCUGUACAUAUUCAAUAUUAUGAAGAUUGAAUCGGCUACGUAUAUGCUUCAAAUGCAAGUUGAUGGAUCAGAACAAAUGACUGUUGAUUUUGACGGGAUGAACUUCACUUUGAGUGAUGACCUUACAUUAACAGUUCAAGAUAAUGACUGUACAAGGACAGUUUCUUUGCAACCACCAACCCAUGAUGAGCUGAUAACUGGAAGCGGAUAUCGUUCAGGUUCUAUGCUGUGCAAAAGUUGGUUUGCACCAAACCGAGAAAAUCAUCGGGAAGUGGAUGAAGUAAAGGAAUACUAUGAAGAAAGUGAACCUUAGAGUAUGGCUGUGCAAACCGCUACUCGAGCUGCAGUGGAAAUGGCAAAUAUAUAGGCCUCAUACUCAUUGUAUAACUGAGAAAUAGUUUCAGUUUUGUUAAUUCCAAUGCUCUGUUUGCAUGUUAUUAAAAUGAUGAAUAUGCUUCAUUUACUUAAUACUGAAUAUCCUGCCUCCUCUUUCUAUAGAUUAGUUUCUCUCCAAUAAACGUAUAUUCGUAAACUUCUUUCGUGUUAAUAACAAAUGUGAACUGUUCUUGUGUGUUGAGAUAGUAAGUAAGUACAUGAUUGAUUUCAGUGCGGAUUGUGUCUGUCGUUCAUACUGAGUUUGCUAU